GCAGAAAACCCAAGUCAGCUGCAGGAAGGGAGGAAAAAAUAUUUGGCAGCUAAGAAAAAUAAAAGGGGAGAAACCAAAUUUCUGUCAAAGCCCGUUUUUUCAAUGGUUUCUCUCGGCAACUUAAAAAGAAAUCGAAGCGGAAUCACUUCUCAUUUGAUCUGAUUUUUUUUGGCCCCCGCUUUGUUAAAAAAAUUUUUUUUUAAAUCAAUUUCAGAGUUGCAACCAGCAAAGAGAAGAAGGAAAUUUGGUAUCUUUGUUCGUCUUUUUAUUUCGCAUUUGUCCUUGGGGAAACUUUAUAUCAUCGGCUGCCUUCUUGGCUGCUGGGUGUACAUUUUUUUUUCUUUCUUGAUUUAUUCCUAGUUUUCUCCGACAAGGGUGAGAAGUUUUGGGGGUUGCCCCUCUUUUUCUUCUUAAGUUGACUGUCCUCCCAAACAAAAUUUACUCAUGUUUCUCCUGUUGCUCAUCGUCUCUUUUAACCUCUUUUGCUCAGGAACCGAAAUGGGUCCUUCGAGCAGAUACGAUGAAGAAAUAGUUUAUCCUGAAAAAUUGAAUGCCAGUUCUGUUUUGGGGGGUCAAGACUCAUCCGGCACCUUUGAGAAUGAAAAUUCCCUCGAUUAUAACAUGGAUUCGGACCGACAUCUGUCAUUUCGACUGCAGAUGUUUGGAGAAGAACUGCUCCUCAAUUUAGAGAGAGACCCUAGUUUCUUCUCAAAGGACUUGACCGUCCAAUAUUUGGGCAGGUUGAAGCCGGUGGUGGACACGCCGACUGAAAGAGACAACUACUUCACCGGGACAAUCAAUUCGGAUCCGGAAUCGAUCGUGGCAAUCAACUUCGACGGGACUUCUUUGAUCGGGGUGCUGCAAUAUCGGGGUACCGAAUAUCACAUCCAGCCUCUGAAAGGGGGGACCCUGAACCAGGCGGGAGGAACCGAGGCCCACGUGGUGAGGAAGAAGAUGUCGGACAAAGGGGAUGGGCCAAUGUGUGGGGUCGGUGCGCAGGCGCCGGAGGGCGCACCCAGCGAAGAAGGAAAGCUGUGGGAGAAGAUGGGUGCAUCUCCCAGGAGAGCCAAGCGCUUUGCUUCCAUCCCACGCUACGUGGAAACCCUGGUGGUGGCCGACGAAGAAAUGAUGCGCUUUCACGGCGCAGGGCUCAAACCGUACCUGCUCACCAUCAUGGCGGCGGCUGCCAAGUUCUUCCGCCAUCCGAGCGUCAGGAACCCCGUCAGUUUGGUGGUGACCAGGCUGGUGGUGAUCGGAGAAGCCAAGGACGGGCUGAGGGUCACCUCCAACGCGGCCGAGACCCUCCGCAAUUUUUGCUCCUGGCAGAAAGGGCUGAACAAGGCCAGCGACAAAGACCCCGAGCAUUUCGACACGGCCAUUCUCUUCACCAGACAGGAUCUCUGUGGACGCUCCAGCUGUGGUACUCUGGGCAUGGCAGAUGUGGGCACCGUGUGUGAUCCGGCCCGCAGUUGUUCCAUAGUCGAGGAUGAUGGGCUUCAGUCGGCUUUCACUGCGGCCCACGAAUUGGGUCACGUCUUCAAUAUGUUGCACGAUGAUGACAAACACUGCAAGGAGCUGAACCGUCACAGCAAUACCCGCCACAUGAUGGCCUCCGUCAUGUCUCCGGUCAAUCCUGACGAGAUGUGGUCCCCGUGUAGCGGCCGCUUCAUUACCGACUUCUUGGACAACGGCCACGGUUCCUGCCUCUUGGACAAGCCCCACGAGCCCCUAAAGCUGCCCGCCGUCUUCCCUGGCAACAAUUACAACGUGGACCAGCAAUGCCAGCUCAGCUUCGGCACCGAAUCCCGCCACUGUCCCAACAUGCACCCUCCCUGCUCCUCCCUCUGGUGCACCGGCCAGAUCAACGGGCAGUUCAUGUGCCAGACCAAAUAUUUCCCAUGGGCGGACGGGACGCCCUGCGGCGAAGGGAAGAGCUGCAUGAGCGGCCAAUGCAUCAGCCACACGCAGCUGAAGGCCUACAAUAUUCCCACCAAUGGAGGUUGGGGCCCCUGGGGGCCGUGGGGCGACUGUUCCCGCAGUUGUGGCGGUGGGGUUCAGUACUCGACCCGCGAAUGCAACAAACCGGUUCCCCGAAACGGCGGCAAAUACUGCGAGGGGAAGCGGACCCAAUUCCGUUCUUGCAAUGUGCAGGACUGCCCAGAUGGAAAUGCAAUAAACAUCCAUCCUUUUCCAGAUCAGCCUUUCACCUUCCUGCCUCUUCUUCCUCCACCCUGCAGGUACGGCUACAACGACGUGGUCACCAUCCCUGCCGGAGCCACCAGCAUUCUGAUCCGGCAGAUUAGCAGCUCGGCCACGUCCAGCGACGGCAUCUACCUGGCCCUCCGCCGGCAGGACGGCUCCUACGCCCUGAACGGCAACUACAUCCUGAUCCCUUCCGAACAGGAUGUUCACCUUCGGGGCGGUGUCACUUUGCGCUACACGGGAGCCACCAAACCCAUGGAGAUGAUCACCGGCCCGGGACCAUUGAAAGAGCCGCUCACCGUGCAAGCUUUGGUGGUGUCCAAUCAGAAGACCCCUCGUCUUAAAUACACCUUCUUCGUCCCCAAGCCCACGAAACGCCUCUCCAACCAGUGGCUGAAACAAAAAGCCCGGAUUUUAGAGGUGCUACAGAGCCGACGAGGACGCAAAUAGGGCCUCCGGACACAAGGAUGUGGCGCAACCGGGCCCGAAAUUCGGCAAAAGGCUUGGUAUUGGGAGGGGGGAGUGUCUUUUUUGUUUCUCGGCUCGCCACGGACAACGGACUUGGACGUUAAGUGAAGCAGGAGCCAGAUCUGGGACCAGGGAAGCGGGGAGGAAAGGCAACCAAGCGGGCAGCAAUGGCCACAGCGGGGAUAAAUUCAGCGCUGGUUUGUUAGGUUGAACGAAUUCCCCCCCGGGAAGAUUUGGCGGGGAGAAUGUGGAAAGAACGGGGCGGAAAAGACG